CUCCAGUUAUAUUUUCCGGCACUUCUGGAAAGUUUUGCCAAAGUCUUUCUUGAAGUCAAUGGGACAAUGGGCAGCUUCCUCCUCUAUAAACUAAGGAAAACAAUGGUCUCUGCAUUAUAAACUUGCUUUGAAUAUUAAACGAGAUGCUGCAUCUAAAACACCUGAAACAGUACAUGGCAGAAAUGAUCACUGGAGCAGGAGAUGGGAUUGGAAAAGCUUAUUCAUUUGAGCUAGCAAGACAAGGACUCAAUGUUGUGCUUAUCAGCCGGACACUGAAAAAACUACAGGCUGCUGCCGCAGAGAUUGAGUGCACUACGGGGAGUAGUGUGAAGAUUAUACAAGCAGAUUUUACCAAAGACAACAUAUAUGAGUAUAUUAGAGAAAAACUUAAAGGCUUAGAAAUUGGAAUUUUAGUCAACAAUGUCGGAAUGCUUCCAAACCUUCUCCCGAGCCACUUCCUUGAUACACCAGAUGAAAUCCAGAGUCUCAUCCAUUGUAACAUCACCUCAGUAGUGAAGAUGACACAGCUAAUUCUGAAACAGAUGGAAUCAAGGCAGAAAGGCCUUAUCUUGAACAUUUCUUCUGGGGUGGCCCUCUUUCCCUGGCCUCUCUACUCCAUGUAUUCGGCCUCCAAGGCUUUUGUGUGCAUGUUUUCCAAGGCACUGCAAGCCGAAUAUAAAAGGAAAGGAAUCAUUAUCCAGGUGCUGACCCCAUAUGCUGUUUCCACCCCAAUGACGAAGUAUCUACACACCAACAUGGUAACCAAGACCGCCGAUGACUUUGUUAAGGAAUCACUGAAUUACAUCACGAUUGGAGAUGAAACCUGUGGUUGCCUCACCCACGAACUCUUGCGGAGCUUCCUGAGGCUGAUCCCAUCAUGGGUUUUGUACAGCAGCACAUUCCAGAAGAAAUACAUGGACUACCUCAAGCAGAAUACCAACACCAUAUAGUCCAAGUGGGCUGAUGUGUCAUCCAGCAUUGUUCUCUUCACCAUGUUCCCUGUUGGCUGCAGAAAACUAAGGAGCAGAACAGCCCCUGAACUCUCCUGAAGCUGGCGAGGCUGUGUCACAAAUACAUUCCCCAAAUACAACGUUUAUUACUAUUAUUUUUUUUUUUUGCCAUUUUACUUGAGUCUGGAGAUCUUUGGGAAAGCUGUGAUGUCAACACAUGUGUUGUGUGGUGGGGUUUUAGGGUUUUGUGUGUGACAAGAUGAGGGUAUCUUAGGGGAAACUGGAAGAAUUUCUAUGUAGGAUUAUAGUAUAAAUGUGGUGAGAAGAGAGCCUCUGAUACUGUGAAUAUUGAGAACAUUUAUACACAUAAGCUACUUUUAUAGCUAUGUUAAAGAAUGUCAAAUGUUCGGGCGCCUGGGUAGCUCAGUUGGUUAAGCGACUGCCUUC